ACUGGGACAACCAUGGAGAAGAGUGGGAACAUUCAACUGGAGAUUCCUGACUUCAGCAACUCUGUCCUGAGCCACCUGAAUCAGCUACGCAUGCAGGGCCGCUUGUGCGACAUCGUGGUCAACGUGCAGGGACAAGCUUUCCGCGCUCACAAGGUGGUGCUGGCUGCCAGCUCGCCCUACUUCCGCGACCACAUGUCCUUGAACGAAAUGAGCACCGUUUCCAUUUCUGUCAUCAAGAACCCUUCUGUUUUUGAGCAGCUCCUUUCCUUUUGUUACACCGGUAGGAUUUGUCUGCAGCUGGCUGACAUCAUAAGUUACCUAACGGCUGCCAGUUUCUUGCAGAUGCAGCACAUCAUAGACAAAUGCACGCAGAUUCUUGAGGGAAUUCACUUCAAAAUUAACGUGGCAGAGGUGGAAGCAGAAUUGAGCCAGACCAGGACAAAGCAUCAGGAGAGACCGCCAGAGUCUCACCGGGUGACGCCCAAUCUGAACCGUUCUCUGAGCCCCCGUCACAACGCCCCGAAAGGGAGCCGCCUCGGCCAGGUGAGCACCGUGUUGGACAUCCGGGAGCUCAGCCCUCCAGAGGAGUCCACCAGCCCCCAGAUAAUUGAGCAGAGCUCGGACGUGGAAAGCAGGGAGCCCAUACUACGGAUUAACCGAGCAGGACAGUGGUAUGUUGAGACAGGCGUGGGAGACCGCGGGGGACGGAACGACGACGAUGUCCGGAUUCUGGGAGGAGUGCGCAUUAAAACGGAGAACCUGGAGGAGUGGCUGGCAGCAGAGAAUCAGCCAUCGGGGGAAGAUGGGAGCAGUGCUGAGGAGGUCACUGCUAUGGUGAUUGACACCACGGGUCACGGAUCAAUGGGCCAAGAGACUUACACGUUAGGGUCCUCAGGGGCCAAAGUGGUCAGGCCAACCAGCAGUGAGAUUGACAGAUUUAGCCCUUCUGGCAGCAUGGUUGCUGUGACUGAGCGGUACAGAUCCAAAAGCGAGUCUCCCGGGCGGAUGGAUGAGCCCAAGCAGCCCAGUUCCCAGGGGGAGGAAUCGGCCAUGAUUGGAGUGAGUGGCUAUGUGGAAUAUCUGCGGGAACAGGAGGUUUCGGAGCGUUGGUUCCGGUACAACCCUCGGCUCACUUGUAUUUACUGCGCCAAAUCCUUCAACCAGAAAGGCAGCCUGGACCGGCACAUGCGUCUCCACAUGGGCAUCACACCUUUCGUCUGCCGCAUGUGUGGGAAGAAGUACACCCGCAAGGAUCAGCUGGAGUAUCACAUCCGCAAGCACACGGGCAACAAGCCUUUCCAUUGCCACGUCUGCGGCAAAAGCUUCCCUUUCCAGGCUAUCCUCAACCAGCACUUUCGCAAGAACCACCCUGGCUGUUUGCCCCUGGAGGGGCCUCACAGCAUUUCCCCUGAGACCACCGUCACGUCUCGGGGGCAGGCAGAGGAAGAAUCUCCUCCGCAGGAGGAAGCUCUCGCCGUGGGGGAAACGGCACAGGGGUCUGUGUCCACUACUGGGCCAGACUGAAGCACGGCUGGAGAGUCUGGGGAGGAAGGACCAUCUUCCCGUUUUGGCUCUGAAGAGUCAGCACCAACCUGGCAGGCUGGUACUGUGAUUAGUGCAAUGCCACCACUGGACAGAAAGAAGCUCCCAAGAUGUUGCCAAAAUAGAAAUAUCUUUUCUCUCUCUUUCUCUCUCUCACCCCCGCCCCCCCCCCCACACACACAGAGUGUUGAAAGUUUUUCUUCCUUAUUCCUCAUCCUCUUGGGGAAAAACAAAGCAACUGUGUCAAUCGACUUCUGAUUCAGGGAUCGACAGGAUUUUAAAUUUUUUUAAUAUUCGGUAGUGAUCCAGGACAAGCAGUCAUUUUUAUUUCUCAGCAGCGUUUUGGCCCAGCAGCUGGGUCCCACUGGUGGUGUUGGCUCUUAGCCAUGCAGAGCCAGUGAGCCUCAUGCGCUGGGCUGUCCUCAUCGUAUCUGCUGGUCCAUCUCAAGGGGAGAGCAGGGGCAAGAUGCAGUUGCCUUUCGCCUUUUCCCAGGCGGUUGCCAUGUUAAAGAAAAACAAAAAAGACUGUCCUGGUGGAACCUGCCUUGCCUGAGUGUAUUUAUCCCUGUCUUUUUUUUUUUUUUUUUUUUUCCCUCCAGUGUGUCUCUUUUUACAUUUUUACUUAAACCAUUAUUUUAGGGCUUUUGGCUUGCCCUUCCCAGGUAUGUGGCCUCAUGCCCCUUGUUAAAAGUGGGCACAGCUAUAAAGCAGUAUUUUAGAGUUCAGCAAAAUU